CAUACUGAAUAGUUUUGUGGCUGUACACAACUUAACUCUUGGAAAUGGCAAGUCUCUAUGGUCUCAUGAUCUGGCUGGUCUGUGCUGGGAUAUUCCUUUUGGCCAACUGCCAACCUAACGAUCCACAAGGAAAACCAGCAGACCAAGCAACAGCUACAAAUAAAACAACACUCUCACCUCCACGCACCACCCAAAAUUCCACUUUACCUUUAGUAACCAGCUUAUUUGUCAACACCUCAACUCCACGCACCACGACAACAACUACUGUCAUGUCUUCAGACGCCCCAACAACUGCCCACAAACCUUCACUCACCCAGCCAAACCUCACCUCAGACUCCUCAAUUCAAGCACCCAGCACAACUACCCUGUCUGCCACUCCUGCUCCUACUACAAGCUUCUCACCCUCACCCUCACCCUCACCCUCAUCCUCAACCUCAUCCUCAACCUCAUCCUCAACCUCACUCUCAUCCAAUCCAAACAAGACAUUAGACUCUCAGACAAACACCACUCAAUCCCAGACUUUACCUCCAAUCACCAUGUCCCACACCACAGUGACUGCCACCAAAGCCACCACACCAGCCCCUUUACAGUGUUCUUACAAUGUCAUCGCCAUCGCAUUUGGCUUCCAGAUUGACUGGAUGAACUCUCCCACUGGCAACUACAGAAUAAACAUUAGAGAAAAGGACAGUCAAAACACUGAAUAUAUACCCGUGGUUCAUUCCCCCAAUCAGAACUUAAUAUCAAUCAAACACCGGAAGCCCUGUACUGAAUAUGAGCACAGUGUGACAUUUAUGGAUAGUCCUGACAACGGAACAUCCUGUCGCAGCACUGAAAAUGAAACUCGGACAAAUGGAAUAAGUGAAGGUGAAGUUAGAGAUGAAAGCUGCAUGCCUGGACACGUUUGUUACGGGAGUGAUUGGAACAUCAGCUCUUCACUAUUCUCAUCAAAUAAUAUUUCAGUUAAGACAUGCCCAAAUGACAGUAAUGUGUUUUGUAUCAAACCUGGUCACAAGGACAUUUGCACAGAUUUGACUACAACCAUCACUUCAGGGAACUGUUCCUUUAACGUCCGCACAAGCAUCACUCCUGAUUUCUUAGAUACUAGUGAACUAACUCAGACGUUUCCAAAGGAACUGCCUGUGAAAAUAGAACAAAUAAAACCAUUACCUCCAAACUGCAACCAUCUCACCAUUAAUUACACCUGUCGGGAAAAUGGAAAAGACAAUGACUCCAAGGAUCUGUCUGAGCUGGAGCCCUUCACAGACUACAAGUGUAUUGGUCAGAUCAAGGAAAACAACGUCACAAUUAAAAACACAACGGUUUUCGAGUUCAAGGUUGACUGUGAUUUUACAAUAAAAAUGAAGCCAAAUUCAACCAAUACCUCCAUUCAUCUGGAAUGGAAAACAACCAGUAAAAAUUGUCAAGAUGUUCAGAGGUUGUCUUACAACUGUGGUUGUGAUACUCACUCAAAUCAGAAACCCAGACGUAAAUUUCAAGCUGAAAAACUACAAUCAGGAGGAAAAUGUAAUAUUACUGGACUAGAACCAUACAAAGACUAUAUCUGUGAAGUCCAACCAAUAUACAACAACAAGGAAGUUCACAACCGACAGACAGUUACACAGAAGACUGCGCCUGGAAUACCAGUUGGUACGCUUACACCGUCAGUGGCCCUUACAGAGAAUAACGUGAUAAGCGUAUCCUGUGUUUAUGAAAAUCAUUUUAAUGGACCUGAGAAAAAAUUCAAAGCGCGUCUUCUUCGUGCUGGAGUCACUCUGAAGGAGAAAAUGGGAAAAUGCGAGUUUGUAUUCAACGAUCUAAGCUACUUAACAGAAUACCAGCUUGAGGUGACCGCUUUCAACGGACGUUUUCACAGCACACCCUACAUACAAUCUGUUACCACUUCCU